AUGGGUAAAGCUACUAUAGAAUCCAAGCUCAAGCAGCGUCAUAAUCCGCUCUUGAAGGAUCUUUCUUCGCAGAGCGGUAACUUACGAUCCACUCCCAGAUCUGCACUUGGUAAAGCCAAGUCAAAAUCUACCAAAACCAAGAAGAACCUUAAUAACGAAGGCGAGGACGACGGCGAAGGAUACCUCGAUGCUGUUAGUUCUAGAAAGAUUCUUCAAUUGGCAAAAGAACAACAGGAUGAGUUGCGUGAGGAAGAAGCAUUUGAAAAUGCCGGAUCCACCAAACCUAGUUUUAUCCAGUCAUUAAAGCGCGAGGAGUCUGAUGUUAGCGACGAAGAAUAUGACGGAGAAGACUAUGAUAAUGGUAAUAAUAAUAGGAGGAGAGUAAAGUAUGGUGUUAGGAAAGAAGGGGAAGAAGACAAAGAUGUUGUUGAUGAUGAUGAUGAAGAUGAAGAAGAAGAAGAUGAUGAUGAAGAGGAAGAGGAGGAAGAAGAAGAGAUAUAUAUUGACGAAAAAGAAAUUGAAGUUGAUGAAAAGGAUGCUGAAUUAUUCAACAAGUAUUUCCAAUCGAGCAACAACGAUAGUGGCAACCAAAACAAUGAACAAGGAAUUAACCUUGCAGACAAAAUUCUUGCCAAGAUUCAGCAACGAGAAGCUCAGCAAGCCAGCAUUGCGCAAGGCAAACAAUCCGAAGAAGCAGUGUUAUUACCACCAAAAGUGAUUAUGGCAUACGAGAAAAUCGGCCAGAUCUUAUCGACAUACACCCACGGGAAACUUCCAAAACUUUUCAAGAUUUUGCCAAGCUUGAAAAACUGGCAAGAUGUGUUAUAUGUCACCAAUCCAGAUAAUUGGUCACCGCAUGCGACAUACGAGGCUACAAAAUUAUUUGUUUCGAAUCUUUCAGCAAACGAGGCACAAAAAUUUGUUGAACAGGUUUUGUUGGAAAAAUUCAGGACCAACAUUGAGGAGUCAGAUGAUCAUAUGUUGAACUAUCAUAUUUAUAGAGCACUUAAGAAAUCGCUAUACAAACCCGCAGCUUUUUUCAAAGGUUUUCUUUUCCCAUUGGUUGAUGGUUAUUGUUCAGUUCGUGAAGCCACUAUUGCUGCAUCGAUUCUCACAAAAGUUUCAGUUCCGGUGCUACAUUCGUCUGUGGCAUUGAGUCAGUUACUUCAACGGGACUUUUCACCAGCAACAACGGUGUUUAUAAGAGUGUUGGUUGAAAAGAAGUAUGCAUUGCCAUAUCAGACCUUGGAUGAUUUGGUGUUUUACUUUAUGAGAUUUAGGAAUGCAGCCCAGCCAGAGUUGAUGAUGGAAGUGGAUGAGAGUGGCAACAAAGUCAGCGAUGCUCCUGCCUUGCCUGUUGUUUGGCACAAGGCCUUUUUAUCAUUUGCGCAACGGUACAAGAAUGAUAUCACCGAUGACCAGAGAGAUUUCUUGUUGGAAACUGUGAGACAACGAUUCCACCAUGCAAUUGGUCCUGAGAUCAGAAGAGAAUUGCUUGCCGGUAAACCAAGAUUGACUGAAGAAGACAGACUUAGAGGUGAUGCUUCUAUGAGGGAUUGA